UUUUAUAGGAGAAAAAAUUGAAGUUGGAGGUCAAUCAUUGUGUGAAACAAAAUAAAAUAACAUUUUCACGUAGAGAGUGAGUUGGCUAAAUGGAACAAUUCGUUAUUCAACUUCUUUACUAGUAGAUGCAUCAGAUAGGUUGUGCCUUGCCAUUGAUAGAUAGUAUUGUCGUGGGGAGCACAAGUUGAAAAAGGAUUUAAAGUUAAAGUUCUCUUGUUGAUUUUGUUGACAAGUUGAUCACAUAUAUGGUAGUUUCUCUAGCAAUGAUUCCGCGAAUUAUUCUCUGUUUUCUGGUUGUUUGGAUCCAUGUUCUGGCAAUAGCAGCACGUACUAAUCCUGAUGAUUUUGCUGCUUUACAGGCUCUCAAGGAUUCUUUGCAGAAUGUUCCGCCCAAUUGGGCUGGAGCAGAUCCUUGCGAGAGUAGUUGGGAUGGAGUUGGAUGCAGAAAUUUACGAGUGGUUUCUAUAACAUUGUCAAGUAUGAGUUUGGAAGGUCAGCUAUCUGGGGACAUCCAAGGAUUAGCUGAAUUGGAGACUUUGGAUCUAUCAUACAACAAGGAAUUGAAAGGACCUCUUCCUCAGUCUAUUGGAAAAUUGACAAAGCUAUCAAAUUUGAUCCUUGUUGGUUGUGGAUUUUCUGGACCAAUACCAGACACCAUAGGAUCUCUGACCCGGCUGGUUUUUCUAUCUUUGAACUCUAACAACUUUAUUGGAGGAAUACCUGCUACCAUUGGCUAUCUGACAGAGCUUUAUUGGCUGGAUCUAGCUGACAAUAAGCUUACAGGAACAAUUCCAGUCUCUAGUGGGAGCAAACCUGGUCUUGAUAUGCUUGUUCACACUAAACACUUUCACUUUGGGAAGAAUCAGCUAUCCGGUGAACUUCCAGCUCGUCUUUUCCAUUCCAAUCUGUCUCUGAUACAUCUGCUAGUUGAGAACAACAAGUUUACUGGAAAAAUACCGGAUACAUUAGGACUUGUCCAGACGAUGGAAGUGCUUCGUCUUGACAGGAAUUUAUUAAGUGGAUCUGUGCCACAAAAUCUCAACAAUCUCACACAUGUCAAUGAACUACACAUGUCGAACAAUAAUUUGAAUGGUCUUUUGCCGAAUCUCACUGGCAUGAAUGUCCUCAACUAUUUGGACAUGAGCAAUAAUUCAUUUAAUGCAUCAGAUUUUCCAUCAUGGAUCCCAAGCCUGCAAUCUUUAACAUCAUUGGUUAUGGAAAACACAGGACUUCAGGGAAAAGUUCCAGCUAGCGUUUUCAGUCUUUACCAGUUGCAGACAGUCAUCUUGAGGAAUAACAAACUCAACGGCUCACUUGAAAUUGAUACCACAUAUAGCAACCAGUUGCAGCUCAUUGAUGUGCAAAGAAAUCUUAUUGAGUCAUUUACUCAAAGACCAGGGUACCCCUUUCAGAUAAUGCUUGCAGGUAAUCCUUUCUGCAACGAAGGAGGAGACGGGACACAAGAUUACUGUAUCAAAUCUCAACAAACUGAGACAUAUUCAACCCCACCAGAGAAUUGCUUGCCAACUGAGUGCAGCUCUAAUCAAGUUUCUAGUCCUACCUGUAAAUGUGCUUUUCCAUACUCAGGCAACCUAGUCUUCAGAGCUCCUUCCUUUUCAAACUUGGGAAAUAGAACUACUUAUGAGAUUCUCCAAAAGUCUUUGAUGCAAUCCUUCCAAAAUCGUCAACUGCCUGUGGAAUCAGUUUCCCUCAGUAACCCAACAAAAAAUUUGGAUGACUAUCUUGUAAUACACCUGCAAGUUUUUCCAUCUAGCCAAGAUUUUUUCAAUCGAACUGGAGUUUCUGGAAUAGGUUUUGUGCUUAGUAAUCAGACUUUCAAGCCCCCAUCGUCAUUUGGACCUUUCUUCUUCAUUGGUGAAGGCUAUAAAUACUUCGAUGGGGCAUCCACCGAAUCAAAAAAAUCUAGUACAGGCAUUAUUAUUGGAGCAGCAGUUGGUGGUUCUGUCAUAGCAAUUAUAGCACUUAUCAUUGGAGUUUAUGCUUUCCGGCAAAAGAAAAGAGCUGAAGAUGCUGCAAAGAGGAGCGAUCCUUUUGCAUCCUGGGACUCAAAUAAACAUAGUGGUGCUGUUCCACAUUUGACUGGAGCUAGAUUUUUCUCAUUUGAGGAGCUCAAAAAGUGGACCAAUAAUUUUUCAGAAACCAAUGAUAUUGGUUGUGGUGGUUAUGGAAAGGUUUACAGAGGAACUCUUCCGAAUGGAGAACUGGUUGCAAUUAAAAGAGCUCUGCAAGGGUCUAUGCAAGGUGCACAUGAGUUCAAAACUGAGAUAGAGCUUCUCUCAAGGGUUCAUCACAAGAAUGUCGUUGGCCUUGCUGGCUUUUGUUUCGAUCAAGCUGAACAGAUGCUGGUGUACGAGUAUAUUCCUAAUGGUACUUUAAAAGACGGUCUUUCAGGUAAGACUGGGAUCAGGUUAGAUUGGAUGAGGAGACUGAGGAUAGCCGUUGGAGCAGCCAGAGGUUUGCAGUAUUUGCAUGACCUCGUCAAUCCUCCCAUCAUACACAGGGAUAUCAAAUCCAACAAUAUUUUGCUGGAUGAUCGCCUAAACGCAAGAGUUGCUGAUUUUGGCCUGUCCAAGCUUCUAGGUGACUCUGAUAGGGGUCACAUUACCACUCAAGUCAAAGGAACAAUGGGAUACAUGGAUCCUGAAUAUUACAUGACAAACCAGCUGACUGAGAAGAGUGAUGUUUAUAGCUUUGGAGUGGUGCUGCUUGAGAUAAUUACAGGAAAAGUUCCUAUUGAGAAAGGAAGAUAUAUUGUCAGGGAAGUGAAGAAUGCAAUGGACAGAUCAAAAGACAUGUAUAACCUUCAAGAAAUUUUGGAUCCUGCAGUUCGCUCCGGUGCAACUCCUAGAAGCUUAGAGAAGUUUGUGGAUCUAGCACUCAAAUGUGUCGAAGAGGAAGGAGCCAAUCGACCUUCUAUGAGUGAAGUGGUGAAAGAGAUAGAAAAUAUUAUGGAGAUCACGGGACUGAACCCAAAUGCAGACUCUGCAUCAUCUUCAGCAACUUAUGAAGGACCAAACAAAGGCAUGAACCAUCCUUAUACCGAUGAAAGUCUUUUCGUCUAUAGUGGAGCAUAUCCUGCUUCAAAGGUAGAGCCCAAGUAAGAUCAAUGUUUUUGUGGAUUUUCCCAAACUUGUGGAAUUAAGAUGACACAUACUAUGCUUUGGCCUGUUAUGUGUGUACAAAUUUGAGAGAAUGCAGAAUGAUUCAACUAAUUUUGUCUUUUGGAGUAAAUUAUUGUACAACAGAGAAGAUACUGUAAUUUUUUUGGAAACAUUUAUUUUUUCCUUCUGUAAAAAGUGUUUAACUUUUUUCUGAUAUCAAUUAGGAUGAUCAUUUCUA